GUGCGAAAGACGUUGGUUCCUUCUCCAGCAAAAGGCUGAAUUUUGUCACGAGUGUCCGUGACUGUCACCCUCUCUGCUUGUGGAACUCAACUUCACACACGUUCUUCACUCGUCCUCAAAGGCGCUCUUGUCCUUCCUCUGUGAACAAACGCUGUUUCUUCACCAUUUGUACGUCCGUCCACUGGAACUGUGGACCACAACGAGAUUUCGUUUGGCAAGGCCGCACCAUUCAUCACUCUUGAUCAUCUUUCGACGACGAACAUGGAGUCCUCAACUUCCUCCCGGCGGCUAGCAACGGCUAGUCGAAUUCUACAACAAGAUGGAAGUGACGUUGCUCCUGUCUCGGAGACACGUAGCCUCGGUGGUCAGAAGGAAUUAGACCAACUACAAGCCUUGAGAAUUCGAUUCGCGGUCUUCCCUAUCCCAGCCGAGAUAGCCACGAAUCAGUUGCUCGCGAUAGUGGAGAAGAAUGCUGCUACUUUCAACACUCACAGCCAGUUGCCGCUACGCUUGCACUCAAAUGAGAUGACGGCGAUUCUUUUGGAGAUCCUCAAGUGCGAGCGGUACAUUGUAUAUUACGGCAACGUCGUCUCAUACAGUCCCACUGGUAUGCUCCUUGUGGAAUGGCUUGUCAACAACGGAGCCACCAUUCCGAGGUCUGACGAACCCCAAGUUGCUCGGAUGCUGAACUUCCAUUUGCAGGCAACGCCCACCAGUACGUCCACGACUACCUUGAUCAAGCUCCAUCAACGUUGCCAUGAGAGUUUCCUUCGGUGGGGCAUUCUCUCUGCGUACAGCGGAGUUGUCGCUGAACAGUUCACUGUUACGGAAAACAGCACCGUGCAGCGGCUUUCGAUGCUCAACUAUAACGUUUGGAGCAAUUCCUACUUUGCUGGACCGCCCUCCUUUUCCAAGCUGCAUGCUCAAGGGCCCCCUCUCAAGACGACGGCUUUCACCGUAACGUCUGAGAUGAAAUCGAUUUCAACCCUGGCGUACGUGAAUGGUAUCCAGAAGUCACUUAUGGCUUCGUUACGAGAAGCUGGCAAUCUUCAGCGAUGUUCUCGAUUUCUCGGUAACCAAAAUCGAGCAACGCUGGACUCAAUCCUCUUCGAAACGCUGAAGUGUGAACGGCAAGUGACAACCUCGAAUGACACCUAUAUCAUUUGCUACGAUAAAGAGGCCACGACUCUGAUCAAAAGAUUGCUCGACAGCGGCGCCAAAGUGCCUACGGCUAAUCAGGCUGCGUUGAAAGAUUUGUUCGAAGUCACGGUGAAGCGUGGACACCAAAACCCCGUUUCUACCAACCUUCUUCGAAGCAACUUUGUCGACUUUUUUCGGUGGGGUCUGUUCAAGGAUCGUCGUCUGUUCCCGCUUAGCGAGCUAUUCCAGCUUGUCAAGGACGAACGCUGGAAUGUAGACCCGCUUCAGAUGGCCCUUCGAUUUGUUGCCGAUUUACCCUCCGACAUAGGAAACAACGUGCGCCUCAUCGAAAGGAUCUGCGCCGACCGCGGACACGAUGACAGUAACCCUCCUGGUGUUCCCCAAAGAGGUCGCCCUGCCUUUCCUCCUGCCACCCUACGUGUAGGUUUUGGCGAACAUGAACAUGGUUUAUUUGGUGGAAACCCAUUUUUCUUUCGGUCAAUCCCAUCCGCUACAAUCCCAUCCGCAGCAAGAAACCUUUGAACCCUUCCAGCGCCUUUGAACCGCAUUCGGAAGCGCCGCUUGAAGAGUACCGUACCCGUGGGCUUUGGAAAUCUCCGGGAAACGAUCGGACUCUCUAGCAAAGAAUAGACUUACUGGAAUGCGGUGCCGCAUCUGGGAGGCGAGAUCUAGACAGCAGUUUACCUGUACUCGUAUCCGUGGAUCAAGAAACUCCGAAGCAAGUUUGGUACGGAAACCAAAAUCCCAGGCAUGUAUCUCUUGCACCACCUUGUUGUCGGGAUUGAAUCUUUCAAAGGUGCUUGUCAAUUGGUGAAGCGGUGCAAGGCCCAACGUAGCGAAAACUCUAAUGACAGUCAA